AUUUAUCCAAAAUAUUCCAUCAUUUUAGAGUCUUUGACCCAACCGUUACUCUCUCAGCACAUUCCUAAAAUAUCUCCAUCGAAACUUCUUCCCUAAGUAUCAAAACUAAAAUCCAAACACGACUUUAGGUACCCAAGUUCAAAUCUUUACUUAGUUUACUACAUUUACACACAACAGUUACUGUGAAAAAAAGAAAAAAAAUUCAAACUUUGGGGUUUUCUUGUUACACCCCAUCUUGUAUUUUUGUUUGAUGAAAUACAUAAGGGGGUUGUUUCAUUAUUAGUAAUAUUAGAUUUGUCAAUCUUCUUGAUAGAUUUAUAGUUUGGGGUUGUUUGUUUACUUGUAAAAAAGAAUAAAGAUUCAAAGUUUGGGGUUUAUUUGUUACACAAUGGGGGAUACUAAGAAGUAUAUAUCUGCUGAUGAGUUAAAGAAGCAUAAUAAGGUGGAUGAUGUGUGGAUCUCAGUUCAAGGGAAAGUUUAUAAUGUGACUGAUUGGAUUAAGCAACACCCUGGUGGUGAUAUACCUAUUUUAAAUCUUGCUGGCCAAGAAGCAACUGAUGCAUUCAUUGCUUUCCAUCCAGGUACUGCUUGGAAACACCUUGAUCAGUUCUUUACUGGUUACUAUUUGGAAGAUUAUAAGGUUUCUGAGGUAUCCAGGGAUUACAGAAAACUAUGUGUUGAGUUUGCUAAAGCAGGAUUGUUUGAGAAAAAAGGUCAUGGGGUGAUUUAUUCAUUCUGUUUUAUAGCUUUUUUGCUUUCCUUGACUUUCUAUGGUGUCCUUUUUAGUAAUAGUUUCUUGAUUCAUAUGCUUUCUGGGGCAUUGUUGGGAUUGUCCUGGAUGCAGAUUUCUUACUUGGGUCAUGAUUCUGGUCAUUACUUGAUCAUGACGACUAAGGGUUUCAAUAAGAUGGUACAGAUUAUGUCGGGCAAUUGUCUUACCGGGAUUAGUAUUGCUUGGUGGAAAUGGACUCAUAAUGCUCAUCAUGUGGCCUGCAAUAGCCUGGAUUAUGACCCUGAUCUUCAGCACUUGCCGGUUUUUGCGGUCUCUUCGAGUCUGUUUAAGUCGUUGCAGUCUACGUUCUACGGAAGAGAGCUCACAUUCGAUUCUCUGGCUAAAUUCUUUGUCAGCUAUCAACACUUUACAUUCUAUCCAAUUGUCUGUGUUUCUAGGGUGAAUCUAUUUGUCCAGACGUUGUUGCUGUUGUUCUCUAAAAGAAAGGUGCCUGAUAGAUUUUUGAACAUAUUGGGGAUCUUUGUUUUCUGGACUUGGUUUCCGCUUCUUGUUUCCGCCUUGCCUAAUUGGACAGAAAGGGUGUUGUUUGUCCUCACAGCCUUUGCUGUGACGGGGAUUCAACACGUUCAGUUCUGUCUGAACCAUUUUGCUGCUGACGUCUAUGUUGGACAGCCCAAAGGGAACGAUUGGUUCGAGAAACAAACAGCUGGGACUAUUGACAUUGAUUGUUCUCCUCAGAUGGAUUGGUUCUUUGGAGGACUGCAGUUCCAGCUUGAGCAUCAUCUGUUUCCGAGGUUGCCUAGGUCCCAACUGAGGAAUAUUUCUCCUAUUGUACAGGAGCUAUGCAAAAAGCACAAUUUGCCCUACAAGAGUUUGUCGUUCUAUGAGGCCAAUAGGUGGACAAUAAGGACACUCAGGACUGCGGCAAUGCAGGCUAGGGGUCUGCUAUGGGAAGCUGUUAACACUCACGGCUAAUAAUUUUUGCACAAAAUUUGAGAUUUUUGUAAGUUAUUGUUUGUUUUCAUUGCAAUUGGAUUAUGUCUAUUUUAAUUCCUGUAUUGGUUGGAACUGAGAGGAAAUGGUUCUGCUUUUGCGGCUGAUUGCUUUACAAUUUAUGAUUUUAUUUCAGGGA